UCAUUGCUAAAGGGGUUUUCCGUCGGGGCUCGAUUAGGGUUUUGUCGAGGGAGAGAGAGAUGGACUCGUUCUCGUCGGCGCCGAUGGGUUCUGGAUCGCCGCAGAUGUCGACUGAGCAAAUUAUGGAUCAGGUCAAGACUCAGCUCGCUCAGGCUUACGCCGAGGAGUUCAUCGAGACGCUGAGAGAAAAGUGUUUCAGCAAAUGCAUAACGAAACCAGGAUCAAGCCUCAGCGGGAACGAGAGCAGCUGCGUUUCGAGAUGCGUCGAUCGCUACAUCGAGGCCACGGGAAUCAUCAGCCAAUCCCUCUUCAGCCAACGUUGAUCGGAAG